AGCAGCGCUGGAGCCGGGCUUGUCCGGCGCGCAGCUCUCCGCGUGCCUGCCGCCUCUGUCCGCCCGUCCGUCCGUCCGCCCGUCUGCAGGAGCGCCCCAGGUGCGCUCAGCACAGCUCGCACCAUGCUCGCACCGGGGCUGCUGGGGCUGGUGCUGCUGCUGCUGCUUGGCCCCGCGCUGCCGGCCGGGCCCCCCGCCCUGCGAAGCGCUUUGGGUAUCCCUGCUUCCUGCCGGCUGUCCCGGACUGAGUCGGAGCUGAGGUGCCGUGUCCCGGGGGGGAAGCUGUGCAGUGAUAGAGGCAGGUGUGAGUGUGGAGUCUGCAUCUGCCAAGUGACUGAGUCUGGCAAAUACUACGGUCCACUCUGCGAGUGCCACGACUGGGUGUGCGAGACCUACGACGGGAAAGUCUGCACAGGCCAUGGAAAGUGUGACUGUGGGAAGUGCAAAUGUGAUGAAGGCUGGUAUGGUGAAGCUUGUCAGUAUCCAACUACUUGCAAUCUUACAUGGAAGAAAAGUAAUGAAAUGUGCAAGAACUCUCAAGAUAUCAUCUGCUCUGGUGCAGGCACAUGUCAGUGUGGCAGGUGCCAAUGUGCUAACUCAGAAGAAAAUGGACUGGUAUAUGGCAAAUUUUGUGAAUGUGAUGACAGAGAAUGCAUUGAUGAUGAAACAGGAGAGAUUUGUACAGGCCAUGGAAAGUGUUACUGUGGAAACUGUUACUGUGAGGCUGGUUGGCAUGGAGAUAAAUGUGAAUUCCAGUGUGACAUCACCCCCUGGGAGAUCAAGAAAAGAUGCACAUCUCCAGAUGGCAAAAUCUGCAGCAACAGAGGGACAUGUGUAUGUGGGGAAUGUACAUGCCAUGAUGUGGACCCAACUGGUGACUGGGGAGAUAUUCAUGGAGAUACUUGUGAGUGUGAUGAAAGAAACUGCAAAGCAGUGUAUGACAGAUAUUCUGAUGACUUCUGUUCAGGUCAUGGACAGUGUAAUUGUGGAAGAUGUGACUGUAAAGAAGGAUGGACUGGGAAAAAGUGUGAGCAUCCACAUUCGUGUCCAAUGUCAGUUGAAGAAAGUGCUAAGAAAUGCCAAGGAAAUUCUAAUUUACCUUGCUCUGGAAGAGGGAGAUGUGAAUGUGGCCAAUGCACUUGUUUCCCUCCAGGAGACAACAGAGUUCAUGGCAAAAACUGUGAAUGUGAUGAUCGACAGUGUGAAAAUGCAGAUGGCGAUGUCUGUGGGGGCCAUGGUAUCUGCUCAUGUGGCCGAUGCAUUUGCCAGGAUGGGUGGUUUGGAAAGUUGUGCCAGCACUCAAGGAAGUGCAACAUGACGGAGGAGGAGAGCAGAAGUCUCUGUGAGUCGGCGGAUGGCGUAUUGUGCUCCGGGAAGGGCUCCUGCCACUGUGGAAAGUGCAUCUGUUCACCCCAGGAAUGGUACAUUUCGGGUGAUUUCUGUGAAUGCGAUGACAGAGACUGUGACAAACAUGAUGGUCUCAUUUGCACAGGUAACGGUGUUUGUAGCUGUGGAAACUGUGAGUGCUGGGAAGGAUGGAAUGGAAAUGCUUGUGAAAUCUGGCUGGGGAGAGAAUACCCUUAAUGGAGGAUGUCAAAGAUUGAGGAGGUUUUUUUUGUUUGUUUGUUUUUCUUUAGGCUGCUAGGACAUUUAAUUUCAGAAGUAUCUGGGUGUGGGUAUGCAUGAACACACACAUACAUGGUUGUGAAUACCUUAGAACACAUUUGAGGAUGUGCUCCUGAAAGAAAUGCAUCAGAAAACUAAACAAGGGAGCACAACAGCCCAAGCUCUAGAGGGUGAAGUCAUAAAAUACUGGCCCUAUAGAACUUCUCCAGAGAUUUUUUUGUAAAUUCAGUGGAACUGAUAUUAUACCUGUAAUGACUAUUUCUUUGAGCAACCUGAGGCAAAGGUAUAAGAAGACCCUUUUUUAGCAUUAUUUUCUUGGUUGUCAUGUCUCCUUGUCCAUAUGCAAGAAUUCACCUGUAAAAGAGUAGCACUAGUGGAAUAUUGUCAAAUAAUUAUUUUGAUUUGUUUUAUGGUAUUUGAAAAAUACACUAUUUGGCCCUUUUCUGUCCAACAAUCCUGAUUAUGAACCAACUCAUAAAUUGAGAGAGACUGUAAAGAAGCCUGGAAAAAUAGAAAUUAUUUUUUAUUUGGUCAGUUGUGUAACUGAGGUCCAAUUACGUGACGCUCAUAGACUGAAGACCCAAAAUGUUUGAAUGGGAACAUUUUCCACAGGAGAACUUUUCAUUUCUGUGGUUGAUAUGUCAGUAAGUUGGUUAUCUAAUCUACAUAUUGCAAUACUUUAAAAUACAUAACCUAUAGAAACAUAUGGAGUGAAACUAAUAAAGAUAUAAAAUUA